CUUACCGCGUUAGUUUGCUUUAACUGCUCGAUCGAUGCACAUCAACGGAGUGGCACAUAAAGCACAAUGAAAGUUUUAUUAUUCUGUAUUGUUAUCUCACUCACCACGCUCAUUGCUUCCGGGCAAGACAUUGAAGAAGAACUGAGAUGUCCCGGUGGGUACUGCGUUUCGAAGUACCUUUGUCCCAACGGGACCUUCAUCGACGAUAUAAAGCAUGCCCAAACCACGCAGCUGAUAGGAUUGCGCGCGGGGCUCGAGAUUGACGAUUUCGACGAUUGCAAUGAUUAUCUGCUGGUGUGCUGUCAGUCGGCUCCCGCACCGACGGCCACCAGUACGGAAAAACCGGCCACCAGUGAUGAGCUAAUUGAACCACCGCCGUCCACCAACCUUGCCUGCGGUCAGGCAAAUGAGGGUGGUUUAAUUUACGACUUGCGCAACAACGACACGCUGUCCCAGUAUGCCGAAUAUCCCUGGGUGGUGUACAUCUUGGCGCUCAAAAAGCAGGAGGCAAACUCCGGCGAUUUUGUCUGUGGUGGUACACUGAUCCAUUCACGGCUUGUCGUGACGACGGCACACAAUACGGACGGUAAGACGGAUUUGGUGGCACGUUUCGGCGAAUGGGACAUCAGCACCACCAAGGAACCGUUCCCGCAGCAAGAUAUAGACGUCGCGGAGGUCAUCAAACAUCCUCAGUACGUGUUCAACCCGAUACAGAACGACAUUGCGCUGCUGGUGCUGGCGGAAAGCGUCCAGUACGCGGCACACAUACGGCCCAUCUGCCUGCCGCAGCCGACUGACGAGUUCGUGGGCCAGCGGUGCGUCUCCAACGGCUGGGGCAAGGAACGGGGCGUGUACGCGAACGUGAUGAAGAAACUGACGCUCCCCGUGAUCGGGCGCGCCAACUGUACGCGGAUGCUGCGGUACGCCGGGCUAGGACCGUUCUACACCCUGCGCGAGGGUUUCCUGUGCGCUGGCGGCGAGGACGCCGUGGACAUGUGCAAGGGGGAUGGUGGGUCGCCGCUCGCCUGCCAGACGGAGAGCGGAACGUACGUGCUGGCUGGUAUCGUAUCGUGGGGCAUCGGUUGCGGCGGUUUCAACACCCCGGGCGUGUACGUGGCCGUUAACCGGUACGUGCAGUGGCUCAACGAACAUAUCGUCGACCAAGCGCUGAACGAGAGUUUUGAUAUAAAAUUGUAAUAAACUGUCUGUAUCAUGCUUAUGGUUGAAUAAAUGCAAAUGCCGCGCACGAACGCCGCUGCUGGCUGCCAAUCAUA